ACAUGAUGUCCCUCUUCAGAAAACUUCCGAAGGAAACAAAUCACUAAAUCAAAAAGUUCCUAGCGACACCCGGAACUAAAGUGACGCAUUCGCGUUUGGAAGUGUGACUUGUCCGAUAGGGCAAAAUCCGAAAUAUUAUCUUUUUUGUGGUGACGUCUAAAUAAUAGGUCCAUUUUAAAUGCACUGCUUCAACGCAACUCAUUGAUAAAGGAGGCAUUUGUGCGAGAGCAAUGGCAAGCGAAGGCGACUGUGAAUUAACAUCUGCAGUGACUGGUUCUUUGUCAGGUGACAAAACUACAGGAGAGGGCGGGUCAAUACAACAUACUGCUUCUUCAGGACUUCCACAAAAAAUCCAACCACAGACCAGUGUGUCAGAGAAUGAGAAAGUUGGCUCAUCUGGUGAUUCUUCUCCAGAUACUGGACCUAUAAGAGAGGAGGAUGUUGGCUCGCCUUGUGAUUCUUCUCCAGAUACUGGACCUAUAAGAGAGGAGGAUGUUGAAUUAUCUGGUGAUCCUUCUCAAGAUACUGGAUCUGAAGAUAGGGAUGAAGUUGGCUCAUCUGGUGUUUCUUCUCCAGAUACUGGACCUAUAAGAGAGGAGGAGAAGACACAGACUCUCAGCAUUCAUCAGCCCAGGAACGUCCUUCACUCUGAACCUGAAUCUACGAUAAAUGUGGAUAAAGGGAUCGUCAGUAAACCUGAGAAGACAGGAGGAGAAGUUGGCUCAUCUGGUGUUUCUUCUCCAGAUACUGGACCUAUAAGAGAGGAGGAGAAGACACAGACUCUCAGCAUUCAUCAGCCCAGGAACGUCCUUCACUCUGAACCUGAAUCUACGAUAAAUGUGGAUAAAGGGAUCGUCAGUAAACCUGAGAAGACAGGAGGAGAAGUUGGCUCAUCUGGUGUUUCUUCUCCAGAUUCUGGACCUAUAAGAGAGCAGGAAGUUGGCUCAUCUGGUGUUUCUUCUCAAGAUACUGGAUCUGAAGAUAGGGAUGAAGUUGGCUCGCCUGGUGAUCCUUCUCCAGAUACUGGACCUAUAAGAGAGGAGGAGAAGACACAGACUCUCAGCAUUCAUCAGCCCAGGAACGUCCUUCACUCUGAACCUGAAUCUACGAUAAAUGUGGAUAAAGGGAUCGUCAGUAAACCUGAGAAGACAGGAGGAGAAGUUGGCUCAUCUGGUGUUUCUUCUCCAGAUUCUGGACCUAAAAGAGAGCAGGAAGUUGGCUCAUCUGGUGUUUCUUCUCAAGAUACUGGAUCUGAAGAUAGGGAUGAAGUUGGCUCGCCUGGUGAUCCUUCUCCAGAUACUGGACCUAUAAGAGAGGAGGAGAAGACACAGACUCUCAGCAUUCAUCAGCCCAGGAACGUCCUUCACUCUGAACCUGAAUCUACGAUAAAUGUGGAUAAAGGGAUCGUCAGUAAACCUGAGAAGACAGGAGGAGAAGUUGGCUCAUCUGGUGUUUCUUCUCCAGAUUCUGGACCUAUAAGAGAGCAGGAAGUUGGCUCAUCUGGUGUUUCUUCUCAAGAUACUGGAUCUGAAGAUAGGGAUGAAGUUGGCUCGCCUGGUGAUCCUUCUCCAGAUACUGGACCUAUAAGAGAGGAGGAGAAGACACAGACUCUCAGCAUUCAUCAGCCCAGGAACGUCCUUCACUCUGAACCUGAAUCUACGAUAAAUGUGGAUAAAGGGAUCGUCAGUAAACCUGAGAAGACAGGAGGAGAAGUUGGCUCAUCUGGUGUUUCUUCUCCAGAUUCUGGACCUAAAAGAGAGCAGGAAGUUGGCUCAUCUGGUGUUUCUUCUCAAGAUACUGGAUCUGAAGAUAGGGAUGAAGUUGGCUCAUCUGGUGUUUCUUCUCCAGAUACUGGACCUAUAAGAGAGGAGGAUGUUGAAUUAUCUGGUGAUCCUUCUCAAGAUACUGGAUCUGAAGAUAGGGAUGAGCCACUACAACAUAUCGCCCCUUCUGGACUUCCACAAGAAAGACAACCACAGAUCAGAGUGGGAGGUAUUGAGAAACAGUUAAUGUUUGGUGCUGCUGUUGCUUUCCUACUUGCAGCUAUGGUUUGGCUUAUUUUAAAUUUUUCUGACUCAACUCUACCUGUACAAAAUGAAGUUAAUGUGGUGGACGUGUUCAAUCAGGAAAUGGAAAAACUUAAGACUAGCUUUCCUAAUCAGCGGCCAGAACUCUGGAGGAGGAGUCUGAUUCAUCUCAGACGCCACCUGAAAACUGAGCAUCCCACGGAACCCGUCAGCCUUAUUCUAACGUCUGGUCACAGGGCUGAAAGGACACUUGGUUGUUUGGCUCGAUGCUUGGCUCAAGCUUUUUCCACUGCCCGUAACUCUUCGGUUCUGAACAUCAAUGGAACAAGUAAAGCAUCACAAGACAGUGAUCAGGUCAAGCUGGACAUUGAUAGUGAGUUGAGAAAAGCCUUUGAGGGUAAAACGUUUGCUGCAGUAAUCCACCGAUUUGAGGAGCUCCCUCCUGGAUCCACUCUCAUCUUUUACCGUUACUGUGACCAUGAGAAUGCGGCUUAUAAGAACGUCUUCCUGGCCUUUACUGUAAUGCUUGAUGCAGAAGUAGAAGUGCCAUCCAAUGUCGGUCUAGGGAGAGUUGAGGAGAUGGUUCAAGAGCACGUAAAACAGAAGUUUGUCUCCUCAGACAAGUUAGCUACGUUUAAUGAAAUGGAUGUGGACAAACUGAGUGGACUGUGGAGCAGAAUUUCACAUCUCAUCUUGCCAGUGGCUGCAGAAGAGACAAUUGAACAACAGGGCUGUGGGAAAUGUGAUCAAUCAUUUUGAAAUGGUUAUUAGACUUUAUUUGUUGUUGUUGCACAAAUUACUACUUUUAAAUAUUAUACUCAUGCGCUGCCUCACAAAUGAGGGCUCAUACUUUGAAAAGAAAAAAAAAAAGAUGCAUACUGGUAUGUGCUGCUGUAUGAAUGAUGGGCAUCACAAUUUUCUUUCUUUAAUACUAAAUUAUAACAUUUCAGAUUAUGAAAUUUAUAGAAGGAGAAAACGAAGUAAUUUUCCCAUUUGUUUUGCUUUUCUUUGUGUAGAUCUAUUUGUAUCUAAAUUAUGUCUUGAAUUAAAGUUCUUUUUAAUCUGGAAAUGUGGUUGACCAGGGAUGAACGUGCAAUAUAUUUGGUGAAUGAUUGAGUUUUUCCUACUUUAAAGAUUUAUUAGAGAAAAUAAACGUGCCUUAAUAUA